AUGUCGGACGAGCCCUCCACCGCCCUCACAACCACCCCCUCGACCUCCGAAUCCACGUCUGAUGGGCAAGGGAGGCCUGCUGGGAGGCCCGCUUCACCCGUGGAACUCGAUGAUUUUGGGCUACCUAUAAGAAAACCACGCCGCCGAAGUGAAGUCAAAGCGGAGGAAUUGAGCCCACCGGAGAAUAAGCCUUCGAGCGCGGAGCCACAGCAUGUACAAAACCAGUCAGAGGUGCCGAGCCCUCCACCGACAGAGGCACCCAAAAAGGAAGACGACCUGAAGCUACAGCCAAAUGGUCAUGUAGAGACUCCUGACGUUCCCGUUCCCAGCAACCCGGAAGAAACGUUGAAACCGAAUUCUACGAAACCACCCUCAGAACAGGACCGCAUAGCUGCACAAUGGCGGGAGAGCUUGCUCAGCGGACACUCGCAAAGCCAGUCUACAGCUGCCGCGUCAGAAUGGUCGCAUCAGCAGCUUGCACCACAGACUCACAAGGAGGCCGUCGAGACGAAGGACGAGGUCGAUUGGCAAGAAAUGCCCGCCUAUGCGCCUUUCGACAUGUAUAAUGAUGACAAUAAGCUGGUUGCAAGGGAAGCUGUCGAAUCGGAUGAAGAGACCAACGCUUAUGGUAACCUUGGUGGCGCUGCGAAGGGGUAUACCCGGGUACAACUUGACGAAGAUGCUCAGUCUGCAACGAGCAUGGACGACAACACUGCUUAUCUGUUCAAGGAGAAGGGGACCGAACUCCAGGAUGAUGAUGAUGAGGCCCGGGACCCACUCGCCCAAAUGCAGACAACUAAAGGGCUGUUGACAGAAGGACAACGGAUUGCCUAUGUUGGUCUCGCAAGACUAGCCAUGGUUCAGAUGGAGAAGGAUUUGGAUGGCCUCGAAAAGACAAAGGGCACGAAGAAAGAGGUAGAUUUAGCGGUUGAACACAUGAAAAUGUGGAGCCAAAAAAUGAUGGUCCGUCUUUACAGUCAUAUGGACCUAGACGCCGCAGAGCAGGUUAUGAUAGAGCAGUUGUCGGUGCAUGGGGUGGAGCCAAGCGACCUCACGCCGACCCUCAUGCAGAAUUCACGCGUCAAGAAUCCCGUAGCCGAGGAAGCAUCUUCUGGACGCCCGUCAGUGGCAUCUCCCCGACCAGAGUCAGUAGCAUCUCCUCGACCGGAAUCAAUAUUGUCUCCUCGGCCGCAAUCAAUAGCAUCUCCCCAGCCAGAACCAGCUUUUGAGAAGACCAAAUCUUCAUCGAGCGUUAAUUUGAAUGAGCGUUAUGACUCUCCACCACCACCAUAUAUACAACACGAAGGAGACGAACUUCCCGAAGUUCGUAUGCCUUCCCAACUUCCAAAUACCAAGAACAUCGACAUUGAUCUUCGGUGGACGAUACUAUGCGAUCUCUUCCUUACACUCAUCGCCGAUUCCAUGUAUGAUUCCCGCUCGAGACAGCUUCUGGAGCAAGUGGGAAGUUAUCUCGACGUUCCGUGGCUAGAGAUCUGUCGUUUCGAGAAGCGAGUGACAGACGCCUUAGAAAUGCAAGAGGCGGCAGAUAAGGAGAAUUGGAAUGAAGACGAACACAUGGCAAACCGCAAGAAAAUGGCUCGAAAUAGACGCCUUGUAUUCAUGGGCCUUGCUACAGUGGGAGGUAGUCUUGUCAUUGGAUUAUCAGCCGGCCUUCUUGCUCCAGUCAUCGGCGCAGGGCUUGCAGCUGGUUUCACAACAAUUGGUGUAGCCGGAACUGGUGGUUUCCUUGCUGGUGCUGGUGGUGCGGCCAUUGUCACGACUACAGGUGUUCUAAGCGGAGGCACUGUUGCAGUGAGGGCAGCAAACAGGCGAACAGGGGCUGUGAAGACUUUUGAAUACCGUCCAUUGCACAACAAUAAGAGGGUCAAUCUCAUCGUAACCAUUUCAGGCUGGAUGAACGGCAAGAUCGAUGAUGUUCGUUUGCCUUACAGUACCGUGGACCCUGUCAUGGGAGAUAUAUACUCUGUUUUCUGGGAGCCAGAGAUGUUGCAAAGUAUGGGUGACACCAUCAACAUUCUGGCAACAGAGGCUCUUACUCAAGGCUUGCAGCAAGUUCUGGGCAGCACAAUUCUCACCACUCUCAUGGGCGCACUAACUCUUCCUAUCGUUCUGACGAAGCUAUCCUACCUCAUCGAUAACCCCUGGACAGUGUCACAGGCAAGAGCCGACGCUGCUGGGCUUAUUCUCGCAGACUCCUUAAUCGACCGUAAUCUUGGAUCACGACCAAUCACUUUAGUUGGGUUCUCUCUGGGCUCUCGAGUAAUCAUCGCUUGCCUAAGAGAGCUUGCACGCAAAGGUGCAUACGGUUUAGUACAGAACGUAUAUCUCUUCGGAACUCCACUUGUAGCAAAAAAGGAUGAUUACGUCCGAGCCAAAUCAGUAGUGCCGGGUAGGUUUGUCAACGGCUACGCCACGAACGAUUGGAUUCUAGGCUACUUGUUCAGGGCUACGGGUGGAGGCAUCUCGCGCGUUGCGGGUCUCGCCGCCGUAGAUGUUCCCGGCAUAGAGAACAUCAACGUCACCGAAAUAGUCAAAGGACACAUGGCGUACAGAGCAGCCAUGCCCAAAUUGCUGAGAGAAGUGGGCUGGUUAGUGGAGAGCGAUGAGUUCACCGAAAUCGAGGAUCCUGAUCCAGAGAACCACGAAAAGAGACAGCGAGAGCUCAUCAAUGAAAUCGAGGAAGCUCGAAAAGAAUUGGAGAAGAAGCCGGACAAGAAGAGAUUCGGAUUUUUCAGCAGUAAGAAGAAGGCAGAGAAGAAAGAAUGGGAAACGUAUGACGAUCGAAUGAAAGCAUCCGGCAAGGGUGAAGGAUGCGAUUCAGCAGGCGGAGUCUUGUUCGACAUUGACGCCAUCAGAGCAGAAGCUGCUGCACUUGCUGCAGAGGGCAUCGAAGUUAAACAACUCGAGUCCACGCUCCCGCCUAUGAAGCUCGACAUAAAUGCUUCCUCCUCGUCGAGCCCUUACUCAACUCUCCGAGAAACUAAGAGCUUUAAUGACAGCAUCGGCAAAGAAGGCUUGAGACCCAAUGGUACCCCCUCACUCCCAAGCAACCACCGCGAACCUUCACCUUCAAAUCAGUUCGCCAAACCCUACGACGAGUACGACGAGUACGACGAUUACGGUCACGACGAAGGCAACGUUUCGAUGACAUUUGACACGUCAUUCAAACCUUCUCCCACUCCUCAAAUCACUAAAUCUCCAUCCUUAGCCCCUGCCCCGGCCUUCAUAGAACCGCCACGAUCGUCAUGGAACUCGACGCCAGAACAACGGCCGCCGCUAAGGUCCGCUGCAACGACGCCGAAUGUCAACUUAACACCGGACUUCAACGCCUGGGCCGACGACGACGACGACGACUUUGGGAAGGAAAAGGAGAUGAAGAUGACGUUCGAGUAA